CUUGGCUAUGGAUGUUGUGAUUAUCCGUAGGUGGUAGAAGGUCUCUGACUGUCGAACGCGGAGGUACCACCCGGCGGAUGUCGUAGGCGGGGCCAGAAUGUGUGCAUAAUGUGUGCAUGUUGCAGAGUCCGUGUAGCGUUCCCCCUUUCCCCUGUAUCCCCCUAUAGCCCCACGGUACCCCAUGGGUGUUUAGGCCUUAGGCCUUCGUGGUAGUUGGAG